CAGUACUCAUGGUCGCCUUCUCCGCACUUCAAUGAAGAAAGAUACUCUCCUGCUUCGAGGAAUAUGAAAGGAUUAUCUGGUAGUCGCAACCAACCACAGUUAUGUUCAGCUCAUACUUGUGGCUUAGCAUCCCCUGAAGAUUGCGAACACACCCACGACCAUAUCCACCAUGGGCAGGAGCCAAGGCAAUCGUAUCUUCUCAGCCCCACAGAGAGUUGCCCGAUGGACCACCAUCGUUGCUCGCCACGCAGCUCCAUUCAUUCUGAAUGCAUGAUGAUGCCCAUGGUAAUGGGCGAUCACAUGUCAAGUAGCACUUUCCCCAGAAUGCACUACAGCUCACAUUACGACUCAAGAGACGACUGCACCAUGUCUCACGGUAACCCUAAGAUUAACCGUAUUCCUGCAAAUCUUUUGGACCAAUUUGAGAAACAACUUCCUCUUCAUCGGGAUGGGUUUCACACUUUACAGUACCAGAGGACCUCAACAGCUGCGGAACAACGCAGCGAGAGCCCAGGAAGAAUACGCCAUCUUGUUCAUUCAGUCCAGAAACUUUUUACUAAAUCUCAUUCUCUGGAAGGAUCAUCCAAGGGCAACGUUAAUGGAACAAAGGGAGACAGUCGAGGGGAUGACCAUCAUCACGGGCACCAUUCCAAGCAUAGCAAAAGGAGUAAAAGUAAGGAGCGGAAACCAGAAAGCAAGCAUAAAUCUGGAAUGAGCAGCUGGUGGAGCUCUGAUGAUAAUUUGGAUAGCGAUAGCACUUACCGAACCCCCAGUGUGGUAAAUAGGCACCAUACAGAUCAUAUAUCCCAUUGCUACCCUGAGGCACUCCAGGGACAUUUUGGGGAUCUCUCAUUGAAGACUUCCAAAAGUAACAAUGACGUGAAAUGUUCAGCUUGUGAAGGGCUAGCAAUGACCCCUGAUGGUAAAUACAUGAAAAGGAGUUCUUGGUCCACGCUUACAGUAAGUCAGGCUAAAGAAGCAUAUCGCAAAUCAUCACUGAACUUAGAUAAGCCUUUGGUUCAUCAGGAAAUCAAACCUUCCUUGAGGCCAUGCCAUUACCUUCAGGUACCUCAGGAUGAAUGGGGAGGAUACCCAGCCGGUGGGAAAGAUGAAGAGAUCCCCUGCAGAAGGAUGAGAAGUGGGAGCUAUAUUAAGGCCAUGGGAGAUGAAGAAAGUGGAGACUCUGAUACUAGCCCCAAGACAUCACCAAAAUUAACAGUUCGACCAGAGUCAUUAUUAAAAUCCAUUGGACAAAGACCACUAGGAGAUCAUCAAAA